AUGGAAGACCAUCGCGCCGUGGAGUCGCAUCAGAGCUCCGCUCAGGAGUCUCAGCAAUCUUAUACCCAAUCGUCCACUGUCAACGAGUCGUCAAAUCACUACGAAUCUACCGCCGCCGACGAUGUUAAGCACGCCACCGAAGCCCCCAUUGAUCCUACUUCGACCGCGAGUUCAACCAUCUCUUCCCAUACUAGUGUCGAAGGCCGAUGGGGAGAACAGGAGGGCGGAGACCCGGUCUCCCGCCGUGGUGCCCUGGAAGACCUGGAGGAAAUGCGCCGGGAAUUGACCCGUCUCAGCCUGCACCGUACCCGUUCGACUACCGCCAAAAGCAUGAGCCGUCGCAAGUCUCGUGCCAGUCGCAAAGAUGAGGAGAAGGCUCUGGAUGGGGCCUCGUCUGAUACCGAGGUCGAUGCCGACUUCGAUCUUAGCAGUUUCUUGGUGGGUGGUCAUUUGGAACGCCGUACCACUGCUGGAGAACCGGCGAAGCAGAUUGGCAUUGUUUUCAAGAACUUGACUGUCAAGGGUGUUGAGACUGGCGCUUCGUUUGUGCGUACCCUCCCACAUGCGGUGGUUGGCACUUUCGGACCUGAUCUAUAUAACGUUAUCUGCCGCUUCGCGCCAGUGUUGCGUGUUGGCAAGAAACCCCCCAUUCGCGACCUGAUUCAUGAUUUUAACGGCGCUGUUCGUGAGGGUGAGAUGAUGCUUGUUCUUGGUCGCCCUGGUGCUGGAUGUACCACCUUCCUCAAGGCGAUUGCGAACGAUCGCGGUGCCUUUGCUGGUGUGGAUGGUGAGGUCAGUUAUGGUGGUAUGUCGGCGGAGGACCAGAACCGUUAUUUCCGUGGCGAAGUCAACUAUAACCCGGAAGAUGAUCAGCAUUUCCCUACGCUUACGGUCUGGCAGACCCUGAAGUUCUCGCUCAUCAACAAGACUCGCAAGCAUGAUCGCGAAAGCAUUCCCGUUAUCAUUGAUGCCUUGCUGAAGAUGUUCGGUAUCAGCCACACCAAGAACACUCAAGUUGGUAACGAGUAUGUUCGUGGUGUGUCUGGUGGUGAGCGAAAGCGUGUCAGUAUUGCCGAGACUCUGGCCACCAAGUCCUCAGUCGUCUGUUGGGAUAACUCGACCCGUGGUCUGGAUGCCAGCACUGCCCUCGACUACGCCAAAUCGCUGCGUAUUAUGACCGACGUCAGCAAGCGCACCACCUUUGUCACCCUCUACCAGGCCGGGUCCUGCGAACCAAGCACGACAAUACUUCAUCGACCUUGGAUUCUACUGCCCGAGCAGUCAACUACUGCCGACUUCCUGACUUCCUUGUGCGACCCGAAUGCUCGUCAAUUCCAGCCUGGCUGCGAAGCCUCCACCCCGAAGACAGCCGAAGAGCUUGAGCAGGUGUUCAGGAAUAGUAGCUCAUUCAAGUACAUCUCGGACGAUGUUUCCAGCUAUGAGAAGCGCCUCGAGGAGACGGAACAGGAAGAUACCCGCCGCUUCCAGACAACUGUUGCUCAGUCAAAGAGUAAGACCGUGUCCAAAAAAUCACCCUACACCGUCUCUCUGGCACGCCAGGUCUCGGCUUGUGUGAAGCGUGAGUUCUGGCUGCUUUGGGGCGACAAGACGUCGCUCUACACCAAGUACUUCAUUAUCAUCUCCAACGGGCUUAUUGUCUCGUCUCUGUUCUACGGAGAAUCCAUGGAUACCAGUGGUGCUUUCUCACGAGGAGGCGCUGCCUUCUUUUCGAUCCUUUUCCUCGGCUGGCUGCAAUUGACUGAACUGAUGCCCGCUGUCUCGGGCAGAGGUAUCGUCGCCCGGCACAAAGACUACGCUUUCUACCGUCCCUCUGCCGUCUCGAUCGCUCGAGUGGUGGUGGAUUUCCCGGCUAUCUUCUGCAUGGUCGUUCCGUUCACUAUCAUCGUUUACUUCAUGGCUGGCUUGGAUGUUACCGCGUCCAAGUUCUUCAUCUACUUCCUCUUCGUCUACACCACUACCUUCUGCAUCACCUCGCUCUAUCGGAUGUUUGCCGCGCUCUCGCCCACUAUCGAUGACGCCGUUCGCUUUGCUGGUAUUGCACUUAACCUUUUGAUUCUCUUCGUUGGUUAUGUCAUUCCUAAGCAAACUCUGAUCUCGGAUUCGAUUUGGUUCGGAUGGCUCUUCUAUGUCAACCCUGAUCUCGCAGUCUUGACUAAUGAGUUCUCUGAUCGUGUCAUGCAAUGUGCUCCUGAACAACUGGUUCCCCAGGGCCCCGGUGUCGAUCCCAGAUACCAAGGCUGUGCUUUGACUGGUUCUUCGGCAGGCAGCACUGUUGUGACAGGACAAGAAUAUCUGGCGGCAAACUUCCAGUUUACUCGCAGCCACCUCUGGCGCAACUUCGGUGUUGUCAUUGCUUUCACUGUCCUCUAUCUCCUGGUCACUAUCUGGGCUGCUGAGUUCCUCUCCUUCGUUGGCGGAGGCGGGGGUGCCCUCGUUUUCAAGAAGUCCAAGCGUGCUAAGCAGGCCACUGCUCAAGCUGGAGAAUCUAAUGACGAGGAAAAGGUUGCCAACACAAACGAUAAUGCUGCCAUUGCCCGCGGCGAGGCGACUUCCUCCUCCGACAAUGCUGCCUUUAACCGAUUGUCUUCGAGCGAGCGAUGCUUCACUUGGUCUGAUGUCGAGUAUACGGUGCCCUACGGCAAUGGAACUCGGAAGCUUCUCAAUAACGUUAACGGAUAUGCCAAGCCUGGUGUUAUGAUUGCUCUGAUGGGUGCCUCUGGUGCUGGUAAGACUACUCUGCUCAACACUCUUGCUCAACGACAAAAGAUGGGCAUUGUCAAGGGCGAUAUGCUUGUUGAUGGACACCCCCUGGGAACCGAUUUCCAGCGUGGAACCGGUUUCUGUGAGCAAAUGGAUUUACACGACAACACCUCGACCAUUCGUGAAGCCUUUGAGUUUUCUGCCAUCCUCCGACAGGACCGUGAGACUCCACGACAGGAGAAGAUCGACUACGUCAACCGGAUUAUUGACCUUUUGGAGCUCAACGACAUUCAGGACGCCAUCAUCGGAUCUUUGAAUGUCGAGCAGAAGAAGCGAGUCACCAUUGGUGUCGAGCUGGCCGCCAAACCCAGUCUUCUUCUGUUCCUCGAUGAGCCCACCAGUGGUCUCGACAGCCAAGCCGCCUAUUCGAUCGUUCGCUUCCUCAAGAAGUUGUCUCAGGCAGGCCAGGCUAUUGUCUGCACUAUUCACCAGCCCUCUUCUAUGCUUAUCCAGCAAUUCGACAUGAUUCUUGCCCUCAACCCCGGUGGCAACACAUUCUACUUCGGCCCCGUCGGCAAAGAUGGCUCAGCAGUGAUCAAGUACUUCGCUGAUCGCGGGUUCAAGUGCCCACCGUCAAAGAACGUGGCUGAAUUCGUCUUGGAAACAGCCGCAAAGGCAACCCAACGCGACGGCAAACAAGUCGACUGGAACGAAGAAUGGCGCACCUCCAACGAAAACCGCGAAAUGCUCGCAGAGAUCGAACGCAUCAAGACAGAACGCAGCAAACUCCCCGUCGAAGAGAGCGGUGGCUCGCAGCACGAAUUCGCAGCACCAACCCCGGUCCAAAUCGAGCUUCUCACCAAGCGCAUGUUCAUCCAGUACUGGCGCGAUCCAUCAUACUACUACGGAAAGCUCUUCGUCAGCGUCAUCAUCGGUAUCUUCAACGGUUUCACCUUCUACAUGCUCCCAACCACCGUUGCCAGCAUGCAAGACCGCAUGUUCUCAACCUUCGUCAUCAUCCUCAUCCCACCCAUCGUCAUGAAUUCCGUCGUCCCCAAAUUCUACAUCAACCGCGCCCUCUGGGAAGCUCGUGAAUACCCAUCCCGCAUCUACGGCUGGGUAGCCUUCUGCACAGCCAACGUCGUCUGCGAAAUCCCCGCCGCCAUCGUGACCGGCCUCGUUUACUGGCUACUGUGGUACUACCCUGUCGGUCUACCUACCGACUCUUCAACCGCAGGCUACGUCUUCCUCAUGUCAAUGCUAUUCUUCCUCUUCCAAGCCUCAUGGGGCCAAUGGAUUUGUGCCUUCGCACCCUCCUUCACCGUCAUCUCCAACGUCCUCCCAUUCUUCUUCGUCAUGGUCAACUUGUUCAACGGUAUCGUCCGCCCUUACGCCGAUUACCCCGUCUUCUGGAAAUACUGGAUUCACCUGGUGGCUCCGCGGUGUUCUCUCCGCAAUUCUCCCGCCGUCCAAAUCGACUGCGCUGAUCUCGAAGCCACCCACUUCAACCCACCACCCGGCUCAACCUGCCAGGAAUACGCGGGCAACUUUGUCGAUAACCUUGCGCAAGUCGGAUACCUGGUCAACGGGUCCGCUACAGAGAACUGCCAGUACUGUCCCUACAAGACGGGUGCGGAGUACAUGGCCAAUCUGAACGUCCACGAAGAUGACAAGUGGCGCUGCUUCGGCAUUUUCUUAGCCUUUGUCAUUAUUAACUGGGCGCUUGUUUACUUCUUCAUCUACACUGUUCGUGUUAGGGGAUGGAGUUUCGGACUUGGAUAUCUGUUUGGUGGAUUUGGAUUGGCUAUUGAAUCCGUGAAGGGUCUUUUCAAGGGGAAGAAGGAUGAUUCGAAGUAA